UGUACUACUCUGUCAAUAGAAGAUGUUCAGCUGAAUAAUAUGACAUUCUCAUGGCUUAUGCGUAUUGCAAAAGCAAUGCGAAACACUGAGAAUCAUCUUGGCAAACAGAAAGAUGCCGCUAUUGAAGCACUUUGUGCAAAAAGAGAACAGAUUACAGAGAAUCUAGAUGAACUUGUAGAAGAAAUUUGUCAGCUGAACUCCAUGGACCGAAUUAAUGAGGCUACACAAAAUGCCAAGAGAUUAAGUGACAUUCAAGAGAAAAUUUACAAGUACCAACAAGCAUGUGUUGAAAUAAAUGGAGAAGAAGAGCUACUACGAUUGGAUGAUAAAUACUCUUAUCCUCAAAUUACACAGGCUCUAGCAGCACUUGAUCCAUACAGUCGUCUUUGGAAUUCAGUGGUUCAGUUUGAAGCUCACAGUGAGCGUUGGAUGGAUGGACCAAUCAAUGAUCUUAAGCCAGAAGACAUAGAAGAAGAGGUUAGCAUGUUAUGGAAGACAGCUUACAAGUUGAGCAAGACAUUUGCCAAUGUUCCUGGGCCUCUGCAGGUUGCCAACUACUUAAAGAAAAAGGUGGAUGAAUUUAAGACCAAUCUACCUAUUUUACAUGCUGUGUGCAAUCCCGGCAUGCGGCAACGCCAUUGGGAUGAAAUCAAUGAACUGUUUGGUUAUGACGUCAGUCCACAAGAUGACACAUCUUUAGCUGACAUGCUCAGUUUUAAUCUUGAACUGCACAUUGAAUCCAUUCAGGAUAUAAGCUCUGCAGCCACUAAGGAGUUUUCACUGGAAAAGGCAUUGAGCAGAAUGAAAAAGGAUUGGGAAGAAGUUCACUUCAGCUUUAUUCAGUAUCGAGACACUGGUGUCAAUAUACUGUCAUCAGUAGAAGAUAUUCAAUUUCUCCUUGACGACCACAUAGUGAGAACACAGACUAUGCGUGGCUCUCCAUUUGUGGCUCCUCUGGAAGCUGAAGUCAAAGAAUGGGAGACUAGUCUGAACCUGAUGCAGGAUGUGCUAGAUGCAUGGCUCAAGGUCCAACUUACAUGGCUGUAUUUGGAGCCUAUAUUUAGCUCUGAAGAUAUUAUGCAGCAAAUGCCAGAGGAAGGACGAAAGUUUACUGUAGUGGAUUCUCAUUGGAAACACAUUACUGAAGAGUCUGUCAAGGACACUAAGGCUUUGGCUGUAAUAUCCCAACCACAUCUUUUAGAGGGACUGGAAAAGUCAAACAACUUGCUGAAUGAGAUCCAAAAGGGUUUAAAUGAAUACCUUGAGAAGAAGCGCCUCUUUUUUCCAAGGUUCUUCUUUUUAUCAAAUGAUGAACUGUUGGAAAUUCUUUCUGAGACUAAAGAUCCCCUUCGUGUACAGCCACACUUGAAAAAGUGUUUUGAAGGAAUUGUAAAACUACACUUCUCUGAUAAAAAAGACAUUACAGCAAUGAUCUCGUCAGAAGGAGAGACAGUUGACUUUUGUGAUGCUAUUGUGCCAGCAAAUGCAAAAGGCCUGGUAGAAAAGUGGUUGCUGGAAGUUGAAACUGGAAUGAGAAGAAGUUUGAGGAGUGUCAUGAAACAGUCACUGGAGGCUUAUGGCACAACUAGGAGAAAGCAGUGGGUGUUGGAGUGGCCUGGACAGGUUGUGUUGGCUGCUAGUAGCAUCUGUUGGACAGAAGAAGUGACAAAGGCUAUAUUGCAAAAGAAUGGACUGAAUGUGUAUCUGUCACAAUGCAACAAUCAAAUUGAAGAAAUUGUAAAGUUGGUUCGUGGGAAACUAACUAACUUGGCAAGAACAACGCUUGGUGCACUCAUAGUCAUAGAUGUUCAUGCAAGAGACGUCGUUUCUCAGCUCAAUGAUAAAGAUAUAAGCAACCCGGCAGAUUUUCAGUGGAUUUCACAGCUUCGAUACUACUUCCAAGAUGCUUCAGUUGAAGUGCAAAUGAUUACAACUGCUGUACCUUAUGGCUAUGAGUAUCUUGGCAACAGUAGUCGACUUGUGAUUACGCCACUAACUGAUCGUUGUUAUCGGACACUGAUGGGAGCAUUGAAACUGAAUCUUGGUGGCUCACCAGAAGGACCUGCUGGAACAGGCAAAACUGAGACUUGCAAAGAUUUGGCCAAAGCAGUUGCUAAGCAGUGUGUUGUUUUCAACUGCUCUGAUGGUCUUGAUCACAAGGCAAUGGGAAAGUUCUUUAAAGGGUUAGCACAAGCAGGCGCUUGGGCUUGUUUUGAUGAGUUCAAUAGGAUUGAACUUGAAGUGCUGUCUGUUGUCGCUCAACAAAUACAGACAAUACAACGAGCUGUGUCACAGCAACUGGAGAAGUUUUUGUUUGAAGGCACCGAGAUUGUAUUGGAUUGGUCAUGUACAAUCUUUAUUACAAUGAAUCCAGGUUAUGCUGGACGAGCUGAACUGCCUGACAAUUUGAAAGUGCUGUUUCGGACUGUUGCUAUGAUGGUGCCUGACUACACUAUGAUUGCAGAAAUUAUGCUCUACUCCAUGGGGUUUGUGGAGGCUCGUAGCUUGGCUGGCAAAAUCUUUGCAACUUACAAACUCUGCUCUGAGCAACUGUCAUCACAGCAUCAUUAUGACUAUGGCAUGAGAGCAGUUAAAUCUGUUUUGACAGCAGCAGGUAAUUUAAAGAUCCAGUAUCCUGAUGAAGAUGAAAGUAUACUUCUUUUGAGAUCAAUAAAUGACGUCAACUUACCCAAGUUUUUGUCACAUGACAUUCCUCUAUUUGAGGGCAUUACUUCAGAUUUGUUUCCGGGUAUUGUUCUUCCUCGUUCAGAUCAUGGUGUCCUAGAAGAUGCUAUGCUUGAUGCUAUUGCUCGCAUGGGUUUUAAGGAUGUGCCCUGGUUUGUUGACAAGAUCAUUCAGAUAUAUGAGAUGAUGCUUGUUCGGCAUGGUUUUAUGAUCGUUGGAGGUCCACUGGCUGGCAAGACAUCUGCUUACAAAGUGUUGGCUAUCACGUUAGGAGAACUACAUGAUAGUCAACUAAUGGAAGAAUUCAAGGUUGACUUUCAUGUCAUUAAUCCUAAGGCAAUUGCACUGGGUGAAUUGUAUGGAAGAUUUGAUACUAUCUCUCAUGAGUGGACAGAUGGUGUAUUGGCUAAGACUUUUCGUGAACAUGCAAUUGCGUCUUCAAAGAAUCGAAAGUGGAUUGUAUUUGAUGGUCCUGUGGACACAACUUGGAUUGAGAACAUGAACACUGUUUUGGAUGACAGCAAGAAAUUGUGUCUGAUGAGUGGUGAAAUUAUACAAAUGUCAUCUAAACAAACUAUGAUAUUUGAACCGGCUGAUGUGGAAGAAGCUUCACCAGCAACUGUAAGCAGAUGCGGUAUGAUCUACAUGGAGCCAGCACAACUUGGAUGGAAGCCGUGGGUUGAGUCUUGGCUUGAGAGAGACUUACCUGCUACGCUGUCUGAUGAUCAACGAGAUAUGGUCAAGAUGAUGGUUAAUUGGCUGUUUCCGCCUUGUCUGGAAUAUGCUCUCUACUGCAGCCAUUCCUUUGUCCAAACAUCCUCAAUCCACUUGGCACGACAAACUGUUAUUUUGUAUGGCUGUUUGCUGGAUGAAUUACAACGUCCAGAAGCAACAACUACGCUUGGAAGUUUGUCAACAUCAUAUAGUGACAUGCAGAAAAAGAAGGAAGCAGAUCUAAUGCCGGAAUCUCAGAUGAAUAACUGGUUGCAGAGUCUGCUACUGUUUGCCCUAGUUUGGGGUAUUGGUGGUAGCUUGGAAAAAGACAGUCGAAUUAAGUUUGAUGAGUUUUUGAGACCACUGAUAGGAGGAAUCAGUCAAGAACAUCCACGGCCAGCACAGUUGAAGUUGCCCAAAGUUUGCCAGUUUCCAACCAAAGGGCUUAUGUACAACUAUUUCUAUGAUAAAUCACUUUGUGGAGCUUGGCGUAGUUGGGAAAGUGCAGUGGAAAGAGUGAACAUGUCACAGAAACCUCAACUAUCAUCGUUGAUUGUACCUACAGUGGAGACAUUUCAACAGAGGUAUUUUCUGGACACAUGUGUUCAUCAUGGUGUUCCUUUGUUGUUUGUUGGCCCAACUGGAACAGGAAAGAGCUUGAUUACUAUCAAUUAUCUUCUGAGCCUGCAUAAAGACAAGUAUUCACCAAAUUUUGUCAACUUUUCAGCACAGACAUCGGCUGGUUUGACUCAAGAAAUUAUUCUCUCAAAACUUGAUCGAAGGCGAAAGGGUGUGCUAGGGCCUCCUGUUGGAAAGAAGUCUGUAGUGUUUGUUGAUGAUCUUAAUAUGCCUGAAAAAGAAAAAUAUGGGGCUCAGCCACCAAUUGAACUUCUAAGGCAGUGGAUUGAUCAUGGCUAUUGGUUUGACAGAAAAGAUACCAGCUCUCUUGAGUUAGUGGAUGUCCAACUAGUAGCUGCCAUGUGUCCAUCUGGUGGUGGCAAAAAUGAUAUCAGCAAGCGACUGCUACGACAUUUCAACAUUAUUGGCAUUGAUGAAUUUAAUGAUGACACGAUGAAGAGCAUUUUUGGAACAAUUAUUGAUUUGCAUUUAGGGCAAGGAUUUGACUCCACUAUUCGGAGACUUGGCAAGGUCUUAGUGCAGUCGACUUCUGCUGUGUACAAAGCUGCUGUUAACAACUUUUUGCCCACACCUCUGAAGUCGCAUUAUGUGUUUAAUCUUCGGGACUUUUCACGUGUUAUCCAGGGCAUAUUGCUUUUGCCUCACACUCGCGCUAGCGAUUCUGCCAAAAUUAUACGUCUUUGGGUUCAUGAAGUUUAUCGUGUAUUCUAUGAUCGUCUUGUGGACAGUUGUGACCAACAGAGAUUUUUUAAUUUAGUCCAAAGCACAGUCAGCAAGCAUUUUAAAGUUGGUUUUAAUGAAGUUUUCUACCAUCUCAAGCCAAGUGGUGGUGAAGUAACUGAUGACAGCAUGAGAAGCCUUUUCUUUGGAGACUACAUGGUUCCUGGUGCUGAUCCUCGCGUUUAUGAUGAAGUGAUAAAGUUUGAUGACCUCCAGAGGGUCAUGGAACAAUACUUGGAGGAUUUUAAUGCUGCAAGCAAAGCCCCAAUGCCACUUGUUCUCUUUCGGUUUGCCCUUGAGCACAUUUCACGAAUCAGCAGAGUUCUCAAGCAGCCAAAAGGCCAUGUCCUACUUGUUGGAAUGGGAGGUAGUGGACGUCAGAGCGCAACUAAAUUGGCUGCUUACAUGGCAGACUGUCAGCUCUACCAGAUAGAGAUAACAAAAACAUACACCAUUGCUGAGUGGCGAGAUGAUGUUCGACACAUGAUGAGACUUGCUGGCUAUGAAGGAAGAGAAACAGUCUUUCUUUUCAGUGACAAUCAGAUAAAAGAUGAGUCAUUUGUAGAGGAUAUCAACAUGAUUCUUAAUACUGCUGAUAUCCCGAACCUCUUUGAAUCUGAAGAAAAGGUUGAAAUUAUUGAAAAGAUGCAGUUAGCCGUGCGGGAUGAGGGUAUUCAGAUUGACACUACUCCAACAGCCAUGUACAAUUUCUUCUUGAAUCGUGUUCGAUCUCAUCUUCAUGUUGCUUUCUGCAUGAGUCCAAUUGGAGAUGCUUUUCGAACUCGGCUACGUGAGUUUCCAUCAAUAAUCAACUGUUGCACAAUUGACUGGUUUCAAGCAUGGCCUGAAGAUGCAUUGGAGAUGGUUGCCAAUCAUUUUCUAGAAGACUGUGAGAUGGAUCACAGAUUGAGGACAUCUGUAGUAAACAUGUGUCAGCACUUUCACAAGAGUGCACGAGAGCUCUCAGAAAGAUAUCUGAAAACCUUACAACGUCAUAACUAUGUGACUCCCAAGUCUUACCUUGAGCUCAUCAAGACACUGAAGACUUUGCUAGAGAAGAAGCAAAAAGAACUAACUACAGCUCGCAAUCGCUAUUUAACUGGUCUUGACAAACUUGACUUUGCCUCAUCUCAGAUUACAGCGAUGCAGGAAGAACUAACUACACUACGCCCUGAGUUGAUAAAAACAAGUGAUGAAACUGACAAAUUGAUGGUUGUUAUUGAGAAAGAAACAAGACAAGUUGAAGAACAGCGACUACUGGUAGAAGCUGAUGAAAUGAUUGCUAAUCAAAAGGCAGCAAAAGCGAAGUCUAUCAAGGAUGAGUGUGAACGUGAGCUGGCUGUUGCUAUUCCUGCUUUGGAAGCUGCUAUUGCAGCCCUUGACACCCUCAAGCCUCAAGACAUAUCUAUGGUGAAAACUAUGCAGAACCCUCCUUCAGCUGUCAAACUGGUGAUGGAAGCAAUCUGCAUUAUGAAGGGUGUAAAACCAGAUCGGAAACCUGAUCCUUCAGGAUUUGGCAAGAUUAUCGAGGACUACUGGGGAGCUUCUAAACGAAUUUUGAGUGAUAUGAAGUUUCUAGACUCACUAAAGGAGUACGACAAAUCGUCCAUUGCACCACACAUCAUGAAGAAAAUUCGAAGUCUUUAUGUUACUCACCCUGACUUUGACCCAAUCAAGAUGCGAAACAUCUCAUCAGCAUGUCAAGGCAUGUGCAGCUGGGUUUGUGCAAUGGAAGUAUAUGACAGAGUAGAAAAGGAAGUAGCUCCUAAAAGAGUGAAACUUGUUGAGGCUGAACAAGAUCAUGCAGUUUGUGUGAAGGAUUUACGAGUUAAACGAGCAGCAUUAAAUACUGUUUUAGCACAACUGGAGUCUCUCAACAAGUCUUUCAAAGCUAAAAAGAAGAAGAAAUUGACUUUGGAGGAAAAUAUUGUAUUAUGUUCACAAAAACUGGUGAGAGCUGAAAAGUUGAUCAGUGGUCUUGGAGGAGAAAGGGAACGUUGGACAAAAGCCGCUGAGCUACUUGAAAGCGCAGUUAAGAAUAUCAUGGGUGAUGUACUACUCUCAUCUGCAGUGGUUUCAUAUCUUGGAGCAUUUACAGCUGACUUUCGUCAGGAAGCUGUUGAUGCAUGGCUACAUCACUGUAGAGAGAGAAAUAUACCUUGCUCAAGUAGCUUCUCCCUUAGUGCUACACUUGGAGAUCCAGUUCAGAUACAUUCAUGGCAUAUUGCAGGCCUUCCUGUUGACAGUUUCUCUGUUGAUAAUGCUAUUAUUGUGACAAAUUCUCAUUGCUGGCCUUUGAUGAUUGAUCCUCAAAGUCAAGCCAACAAGUGGGUAAAGAAGAUGGAAAAAUCAAAUAACUUGCAGGUUAUCAAAUUGACUGAUCCCAACUAUGCUAGAACUCUGGAGAACAGCAUGCAGUUUGGCACUCCCGUGUUGCUGGAGAAUGUUGAUGAAGAGCUAGAUCCUUUGCUAGAGCCACUUCUAUUAAAACAAACAUUUAGACAGGGAGCUUCAGAAUACAUCAAGCUUGGAGACAAUCUAAUUGAGUAUUCUCAAGACUUUCGCUUUUAUAUUACAACUCGCCUGAGAAAUCCUGACUAUCUUCCUGAACUGUCUGUAAAGGUAACUCUACUGAAUUUCAUGAUUACACCUAUUGGGUUGGAGGAUCAACUAUUAAGUAUUGUUGUUGCUAAAGAGAAGCCAACUUUGGAGACACAGAAAAAUGAACUAAUUAUUGAGAGUGCCAGAAAUAAGAAACAGCUAAAGGAAAUUGAAGAUAAAAUUUUAGCUGUGUUGUCCUCAUCACAAGGAAAUAUUCUAGAAGAUGAAACAGGCAUACAGGUGCUGUCCAACAGCAAAAUUUUGUCUGCAGAGAUUUUAGUAAAACAAGAAGUUGCUUCUAAAACCGAAGAUGAGAUUGAUAAGACAAGAAAUGGCUACAGACUGGUGGCAAAACACUCAGCUGUGCUGUUUUUUGUUAUUAUGGACUUGGCCAAUAUCGAUCCAAUGUACCAGUACUCUCUGUCAUGGUUUGUCAAUUUGUACUUGCAGUCAAUAGCCGGAAGCAAACACUCUGAGGACUUGAAUGAACGGAUUUCUAGUCUUAAUGAUCACUUUACGGAAUCACUUUAUCGGAAUGUGUGUCGCUCUCUGUUUGAGAAAGACAAGCUACUGUUCUCAUUUCUCUUGACUGUUGGCAUUCUCAAAAGCAGAGGUAAAGUUCUCGAUCAUGAAUGGAAAUUUCUUCUUACGGGAGGUGUAGCACUUGACAACCCUCAUCCUAAUCCGGCUCCCGAUUGGCUCCCAGAUAAAUCAUGGGCUGAAAUUGUACGCUGCUCAGAACUUGAGUCAUUCACCAACUUUUUUUAUGACUUUAAGCGACUUUGUUUACAAUGGAAAGCUAUCUACGAUGAUAUCAAUCCUCAUCUUGUUCAGAUGCCUGAGCCAUGGCAGUCGAGACUAAAUCAAUUGCAAAGGCUAAUAGUAUUGCGAUGUCUACGACCAGACAAGGUUGUUCCAGCGGUCCAGAACUUUAUAGUGGACCAUAUGGGUCUAACAUACGUUCAACCUCCAACAUUUGAUCUUGCUGGGAGUUUUUCAGACUCUUAUUGUUGCUCACCUCUUAUCUUUGUGCUGUCUCCUGGAGCUGAUCCAAUGGCUAAUUUACUGAAGUUUGCUGAAGACAAAGGGAUGAGAGAAACUCAUUGUCAAACAAUAUCUCUUGGUCAGGGUCAGGGGCCUAUUGCUGCUAUGAUGAUUGACAAAGCGAUUGAAGAUGGCAGCUGGGUUGUACUACAGAACUGCCACUUGGCUACAUCUUGGCUUACCCAGCUUCAGCAAAUUUGUGAAGAAGUGAUUGUGCCUGAAAGGACACAUCCAGACUUUCGUCUCUGGCUAACAAGCUAUCCAUCUCCACAUUUCCCCAUUCUCGUUCUUCAAAAUGGAAUCAAAAUGACUAAUGAAUCUCCAAAGGGUCUGAGAGCCAAUUUGCUACAAUCGUAUUUAAAUGACCCAAUCUCAGACUACACCUUUUACCAAAGGUAGCAGAUUGAACGUACAUGGAAAAAAUUGCUGUUUGGGUUGUGUUUCUUUCAUGCUUUGAUUCAAGAGAGACGUCAGUUUGGUGCUCUUGGUUGGAAUAUUCCGUAUGAAUUCAAUGAGUCAGAUCUACGAAUCAGUGUGAAGCAACUGCAGACUUUUCUCAAUGUCUAUGCUGAAGUUCCCUAUGACGCAAUAUCAUACUUGACAGGAGAAUGUAACUAUGGUGGGAGAGUGACAGAUGAUCAAGAUAGACGCCUUCUGAUGAGCCUUUUGUCUAAAUUUUAUUGUCCUGCUAUUGUGGACAGUGAUAAUUACAAGUUCUCUGCAAGUGGGAUAUACUAUGCACCAGUAGAUGGAAAGUAUGAAUCAUACAUUGAAUACAUUCAAUCUCUCCCUCUUAUGUCUCAACCAGAGGUGUUUGGUUUACAUGACAAUGCAGACAUCACAAAGGACCAACAAGAAACGCAACAACUCUUUAAUGGCAUUUUGCUUACACUUCCGAAACAGACAUCAGAUGGUACAAAAUCGUCACAAGAUACCAUCUAUGACUUGGCUACAGAUGUAUUGGCAAAGCUGCCGCCUACUUUUAAUGUUGAGGCCUUGCAGACAAGGUAUCCUGUUUGCUAUGAGGAGUCCAUGAAUACUGUGCUUAUCCAGGAACUGAUACGCUUUAAUCGUCUGUUGAGUGAAAUGCGAUCAAGUCUGGAAAGUAUUCAGAAGGCAAUUAAGGGGCUGGUUGUGAUGUCUGCUGAACUGGAGGACAUAUUUCAUAGUAUGUUGGUUGGAAAGGUUCCAUCUUUGUGGAUGGCAAAAUCAUAUCCAUCUUUGAAACCUCUUGGUAGUUAUGUAACUGAUCUUGUCUCUCGUCUCAACUUUUUUCAGAAAUGGGUUAGGAAGGGUCGUCCAAAUGUGUUUUGGAUAUCUGGAUUCUAUUUUACACAGUCAUUUUUGACAGGCGCAUUACAGAACUUUGCUCGUAAGUAUAAGAUACCAAUUGAUCAGCUCGGUUUUCAGUUUGAGGUGCUUGAUCGAGACUUUGAAAAAGAACAGCCGGGUGAUGGUGUGUUUAUCAGAGGCUUAUUUAUGGAAGGUGCUUGUUGGGAUCAAGACAAGCAUGUAAUCGGGGAGUCACCAUCCAAAGUUCUAUAUGACUCUGUUCCUGUUAUCUGGUUACAACCGCAAGAGAAGGAUAACAUUGAGCUGAAAGAGACAUACUCUUGUCCUGUAUAUAAGACAAGUGCAAGGAGAGGAGUUUUGUCAACUACAGGUCUUUCUACCAACUACGUAUUAUCAAUGAAUUUGCCCUCUGAUCAGCCAAAAAGCCAUUGGAUUGAUCGAGGUGUUGCUCUGCUUUGUCAGCUGGAUGAUUAG